CGUUUUUGUUUAUAUAAAGGAGUCUUCAUUUUCCAAUUCAGUUUGCGCCUUCAAGACACAUAGUCAAGUUCAACAAUGUUGUGCCACGUUGUUCUUCUGUCUUCAUUUCUAUUUUCAUGUGUGGUUUGUCUACCAAAACAGGAGGCAGGAAUAGGGAAGAAGAUAGUCAGCCAAGAAGUAGACAGUGUGGAAGAAAAUAGCAAAGGAGAGAAGGCAGAGCUUGUGCAGCUUGUCCAGGACCAUGUUCUGAAGAGAGUCGUGGACGAUGACACAGGAAAGGUUUUGCCUGGAGAGGCUCUACCAGGUGCUGUCGGUGUGCCACACUUACCCGCCAAAGACAAAAACUUUGCCCGCCGAAUGUCCGAGAGUCAGUGGCACAAAGAACAACCUAGACUUCACAAAAAAGCUUUCCCUGAAUACAAGAGAGUAAUGCAUAACCGCAACACCAUUAACGACAACAGGCACGACCGCAGAAGUAUGAAGAUCCCCAGACAUCCACAUUAACAUUAUGCUUAGUGGCCCAGGACAUCUACAACAUCAUCAUCACCUGACUACUCACAUUUUAUAUACGUCUAUAUAUUUUAUUUUGUAUAAUUUUUCUUACGUUUACAUUUUUAUGGUUUUAGAAAGUUUUACAACAAAUGUUUUGUUAUCUGUUUUUCAAUAAAUUAUAUUUUGAU